AGGGGUAAAACAAUAAGUCGGAUCUAUCACUUUAAAUCUUCAAUCUCUGGUACGGCAGAGAUCAUAAACUGUUAGUAGUGCGUGGGAAAUAUCACCAGACAUACCUGGGAUACACUGUGUUUCAGAACAGUUUAUAGCCGGUUACACGUUGUUACUUAUUAUAAACCAUUCUGUCUACGAAGAUAGGUCCUUCAUAAGCACUUAAUAUUGUUUACCAAAGAAAUGGUGAUGGAGAAGCCAAGUCCCCUGCUUGUAGGGCGGGAGUUUGUGAGGCAGUAUUACACACUUUUAAACAAGGCACCAGAUUUCCUGCACAGGUUUUAUGGGAGGAAUUCCUCCUAUGUUCAUGGGGGACUUGACCCAAGUGGAAAGCUGGCAGAGGCUGUGUAUGGGCAAGCGGAAAUCCACAAGAAGGUGAUGUCACUGCAGUUUAGUGAGUGCCACACAAAGAUCAGGCAUGUGGAUGCCCACGCUACACUAAGCGAUGGAGUGGUGGUGCAAGUCCUUGGAGAACUGUCCAACAACGGUCAACCCAUGAGGAAGUUUAUGCAAACAUUUGUGCUUGCUCCAGAGGGUUCGGUGGCAAACAAGUUUUACGUCCACAAUGACAUCUUCCGUUAUGAGGAUGAGGUUUUUGGAGACUCUGAAGCUGAGCUUGAUGAGGAAUCAGAGGAGGAGGUUGAAGAGGAGCCAGAGGAGAGGCAGCCAUCUCCAGAGCCACUUCAGGAAAGCCCGAACAGCACCACCUAUUACGAACCUCACCCUGUCACUAAUGGAGUAGAGGAGCCCAUGGAAGAGCCAGCUCCAGAACCAGAGCCGGAGCCUGAGCCAGAGCCAAAAGUAGAGGAGAUAAAGGCUGAAGUAGAUGAGAAGGUUCUGGAAGAGAUGGAGGAGAAAGCCCCAUCACCAGUUCCUGUGGAGUCUCCACCAAACACCCAGGAGCCUCCCAAAACUUUUUCCUGGGCUUCAGUGACCAGUAAAAACCUGCCUCCCACUGGCACAGUCACCUCCUCUGGAAUCUCACCCCAUGUUGUUAAAGCUCCAAGCUCACAGCCCAGAGUUGAAACCAAACCGGAGUCACAGGCUGCACCCCUCCGACCUAGAGACCAGCGCAACACGCGUGAUAGACCAGCCUUCGCUGCUCGGGGUCCCAGAUCUGAUGGUGUUGCCUCUUCAGAAUCUCAAACAGGAAAACCACACUUGAGUUUUGUGAACAAAGGUGGCAGAGGAGAUACGGAAUCUGCUGAUAUGGACAGUAGGCGGAUUGUCCGGUAUCCAGACAGUCACCAGCUUUUUGUUGGCAACCUCCCACAUGACAUUGAUGAGAGUGAACUCAAAGAGUUCUUCAUGACAUAUGGAAAUGUUGUAGAACUGCGGAUCAACACCAAGGGCGUGGGCGGGAAGCUGCCCAAUUUUGGAUUUGUGGUCUUUGAUGACUCUGACCCCGUGCAAAGAAUCUUGGGGGCCAAGGUAGAAGGGCCCAUCAUGUUUCGAGGGGAGGUGCGUCUGAAUGUGGAGGAGAAGAAAACAAGGGCGGUGCGUGAACGAGAGACCCGCGGUGGAGGAGAUGAACGUCGGGACAUGAGACGCAACGACCGUGGCCCUGGAGGUUCGCGAGGCAUUGUGGGAAGUGGAAUGAUGCGAGAACGCGAUGGAAGAGGACCUCCACCCCGAGGUGGCAUGGCCCCCAAGCCUGGCAUGGGUUCUGGAAGAGGCUCCGGCGGUCAGGGAGAUGGUCGCUUCACUACCCAGCGCCGUUAAGAAGAGCACCACCUGCAGUGUGGAAGUUGUACCGUGUUCUUCAUCUUCAAGCGUUCUCGUUAACGAAAAGAAAUCUUCAUGUAUAAACGUAUAUAUUUGGGUUUUUUUGUUUUAUUUUGUAUUUGUUUCGUUUUUUGUCCCCUCUUUGCUUUGGAAUGUGACACAGCCUGUCAACCAUUUGUUUGUGAAAUAGACAAAACAAAAUAAGCAAACAAAAAAUUUCGCUUAUUAGUUGUGAGCUGAGCAUCCUUUUCGGGUACCUCAAGAAUUCACAGACUUUAAUUUGUAAAUUUGUGAAAAAGGCAAACCAACCAGGAGUAAUCUGCCACAUUAGGAGGGACUGAUAAGACUUCAACAACGAUAAUACAGCCCAUCAUUUGGAAAAGAGAUUAUAUGCCUUGACCUAACUGGGGCGCUGCUUCACGAAAUCCACAUGAAAUUGCACAUUUUAUAUGGUAGUUUUCUGCCCGUUACUGUUGGAAAAGAGUGAGAUGCAAAAUUUGUGCAGUUCCAGGGGAAAAGCUUGCCUUUUACUUUUUUCCUUUUGAGAGACCACUGCUUCAAAAUUGCAUAAUGCACUCAUCAAUAUGCACUAAUGGGUACUUUUUGUCGUGUUACGUUGACAUCCAUGCUCGGAAUGCAGCUGGAGAGACGCGUUUGUCUCAAAGCGAUACGACUUACUGGGGCAGGCCUCAUUCACAGCCUGUCUGCUGUGACCAAUGUACUUUUCACACUUCUGACCCAAAACUACGCUUCAAUUACUGCUGGAUGGACAAGAUAACAAGCAAAUCUACAUUAUAUUUUUCCUCAUUUAUAAAUAAUUACAAAAAAGCUCAAAUCCUGGACUUUCACCAAAUGUGUGGGGGGACAAAGGAUAAACAAAGUUGAACAAUAGAAGAGUGGUGGUUAUGAUGGCGGAUCGCUCUGUUUUCUUUUGAUUCUGAGUUUUUUCUUCAUGUUUAUCCCAACCAGCUUGACCGCAAACCUGGGAUGGAUGACCGCUCCCUCCCUCUUCCCUCCCUCCCCAUCUUAAAAUGUGGAGUAACAGAAUAAAUGUACAGCAAAAACCAUAGUUUACUAUAUGCUUUGUUUUUCUGUGUAUAUUUUUCAUUUCUGUUGACUUGAUAAAAGCAUGAUGGUGCCUUCUAUUUCACCUUUUCGAGUCUUACUAAAGCGCUGCGGCUCGAGGCUCGCUGCCUCCUAAUAUAGAGCAGCUCAUUUUGAACUAUUAUCUACUGGGAGCAGAUUUAAAACUAUCAGUAUUCACAUCUUUGAAGUUGUUUUCAGGUGCAUAUUUCAUUAUUUUCCAUACUGUUUUACUACCUAAGAUAAAUCUGCUGUGAGAUUUUGUACAUUUGUUUUGUGUGUCUGUUCUGGGUUUUGUAGAGACAAUAGGUGCCUCGAGUUCUGUUUGUUGAUAAAUGGUUACGAGGUUCAUCUGAAGAACUACUCCCAAAAAAGGUACAUUAAAAGAUGGUGAUAUUAAAAUGCUUGGUCCAUGGUUUAACAAGUCACAGCUUCACACAACAAUGCUUACAGUGAAAGGUUUUUGGAAAGAGGUAUUGUUUCAGCCUGAACAUAGUUUUCUCAGAUCGUGGCAGCACUUCGAUUUAAUCCCAGGACACAAGUUGUCAGACUGUUUAAUGUUUUUUUCUCGGCAACAAUUUUGUAAUGAUCUGUGUGGGAGGGCUGGCCAUUGUUCCAGCUCACAGACUAGCAAAUAAUUGUGCUCACUUUUCUAGUUGUUUAUGCGUUUGUAUUUUCAUAUGCUGAUUGUUCACUGUGCUGUUAUGUUCAUUUAUAUUUCCACUUGAGGCAAUUCUAAUCCGAUUGCUCCUUCUUGUCCACUUACUUUUUUUUUUUUUUUUUUUUUUUUUAAACCACUUGGUAGGGAGGGAAGACCUCGGUUUCAGCUGGAACGGAAAACAUGAGAUGUUCUUUUGUUGUCUUGCACUGAAAUGGGACAUGAGAUUGAUGUAGCAUUUUUGGACAAAUAUUAAUAUGAGGUCUUCCUUGUCUGGUGGUAUUGCACUAUUUCCAACAUUACUGGGACAAUCUGUAAGUUUGAAUACAGCCUCCAAAUUUCUCAUCUGGCAAUGGAAAAAAAAAAAAAAAGAUUAGUGCUUGUUUUGUUUUCAGCAUGAGGUAAUGAUUGCUCGCUCUCACAGUUGGAAAAAAAAUUAAAUGUACAGACAUGACAUAUUUAGUAUCAUUUUUCCCCAGUAGCGCUCAGCUCUGUCUUGUAAUUGAGAUAAGAUAUUUUCAGAUAGUAGAAAUAAUUUUGAAAAGAGACUAUUAAUAUGUUGCAAUCAUACUUUGACCUUGUACUACAGAAAGCUUUUUUUGGUCAUUGUGUAACAGAAGGCACUCAUGGGUGCCUAGAUCCCAAAUGUUUAUAUGUCAGGUAACUGGUUAAUAUGGGUACUUGACUGCAGUCAUACUUUUAUAGUGACGAUUAGACAACAGUGUGGUGAAGAAGAGCCAUCAUGCUUUCAGACUAAUCUGUGCAUUACAUUUAAUGGUGGUAAAAAUGUUCAAGCAUAUGAAUUUAUGGUUGGAUAGAGUUUUUUUUUUUUUUUUUGUUCCACUUAAAAAUGACCCACCCAUUUCCAAACUAAAAAAAGAAAAAUAGUAAUAAAAUGAAAAACAGCUGUAAAUUUAUUUUCCUGUGGUUGAAAAUGCAGUAGAGUGGGUCCUCAUUGUGAAUCAUUCCAGUCCUAUUGAAUGAAAAGAAGUACCUUCUUGGCUUUUGCAGGUGCGGUAAACAGUUGGCAGCCAUUUUAAUUUACUGUAUUUACCCUUAACUUGUCGCUAGUACAAAACUGUUGCAGGUGGAGAAUCUUUGCUUUGGUUUUUCAGUUUUUAUUUUACUUUUGUUUUUUCUUUCCUUUCCAUUUUGAAUGUGUUGGACUUAACAUACAAUAAACUACUGAUAUCAGCACCACUCA